AUGUCUGUCUCUGUCAGCUCUGCAGCUACCAAGGAACCUGCUUCAAACUAUGAGCCUGUCUCCUUUGGUUCCUUAGAUGCUAGAAUUAUCCAAUACAAAUACGCUAUUACGAAACUUGAUGCGGUCAUAAAAUCGAUUGAUUCGAUGUUGCAACGAAUAAACCUGACAGAAGACCCAGGCGAACUUGUUUUAAUGCAAUACAUAGUUUGCCUUACGUCGAUGGUGUUUGCCAUCAAUGAUAGUGGCUUUGGUCCAAAGCUAUCUGCUUUAGAAACGUUUAGAGCAUUGAAACCAUCUACCGUCAACAUUUCACCGGUAGUAACACACGUGGCUUAUGACUUCAAAGAUUAUCAAGUAUCACCGUUAGAGAAGCUCCCUUCCGUUGCGUCUUCAAUCAAUUGCUUGAAGAGUUUUAAGUUCAUUUGUGCAAAUUGUAUGGAAGGAUAUAAGAAGAGACUCUUAAAUGCUCUGAAUGAAACAAAUAAUGCGCCUUAUUUGGAUGGCUUAAAUGUUUUAUUCGAAUCAUCCUUUUUCAACCUUGAGACUGACGUGGAUUUGACUCUCAAAUGUGACAAAUUAGAACCUCCGUAUUUUGUUUUACCUGGAGUGCUGGCAUUAGACUUGAAUGAUACUGAUGCGGUUGAGGCAAACUUGAUUGACAUGGAUAUUCGCUCACUCUUCAGUUUAACACUUCAAAUGACAUCGUCACUCAACCGCCACAAAGAUCUCAUCGCACGUUACAGAGAGAUCAAAUCACUAUCGAAACUGUCCCAACAGGCAGAAUUCGAGAAACUCCCACAAUUUAAGUAUUCUUUGCAUAGAAUUUUGUUUUGGGCUUUUCGUUUGAAUGACUUGUAUUCAAUCAUUCGCAAAUUUGGUCGCCAGAUCUACCUAUCCAAUUACGAACAUCUUUAUGAUCAGAAAUUCUUAUCUCAAGUACCAAAUCUGGCAUUUUUCCGCUCAAAGAUUCUACCCGAAAUUGACGAUUAUUAUAACACGACUAAAAAGAACGGAGUUCUUAUUGCCACUAUCACUCGAUUCAUACGUAUGAGCUCACUUGACACUAUGGAAUGCCAAAGUGCUCUUGAGUUUGUUGCAUUUAUCCAACAGAGUUUUACUUUCGUAGAAACUAUGGUGAAUAAACUUCACGAUUUUGGACUGCAUUGGCUAACAGCAGAGAUUAUAUUUCGAAAGUUAUACAAUUUACCUCUGGCAAACCUUUUGCUGAUUCAAGAUGUGGUGCAGAAAGAUGCAGUUAAUCGAAUACGUUUGAAGAGAGAAAAAGACUUGCUUUUACAGAAGGAAAAAGCGCUAGAGAAAGAGAAAGCAUUAGAGAAAGAGAGGGAGAGGAGUAGGGAGAGAGCUAAAGAGAAAGAAAAAGAAAAGGAGAGAAUUAGAGAAAGAGAAAGAAUUAAAGAAAAGAUGAAGCAAUCAGGAAAGAGUUCCUCAGCAAGGGCAGCUGCCGAAGUUUCCAUGGUAUCCCAAAGCUCAUCCAAGGAUAAAACCGCUGUGAGAACAAGACCAUCCCGAUCAUCUUCUAUUAAUAGCAUUGAUCUGAAUGACUUCAGCGACGCAGCGAGUGCUGCACGAGGAGUGACUUUGUCUCCGAACAACGAACGCCGCUUGCUAUCUAACUCGACGGAAAGAAGUCCAUUAUCCAGACCUCAAAGUAUGAUAUUCAUGAACAGCAAUGGGUCCGCGAGCUCAUUACAACAACAAGCAAGUAACCCGAUUGACAAGAGCAAAAUGAUUAACACAGUCGCAGGAGGACGCCGCAGGUCCAAUUCACAGCCUUUAUUAGUCAGUGCUGCGACAAAAUCAUACGGUACACCGCUAUCACCAGCUAAUACUAGAACUCUGCUCAGGUCCCCCAAUGGAAGUUUGGGACGAAGUCUGUCCUUGUCAAAGCCUAAUCAUAAUACUUCUUCACAACCCACAUCACCACUAGUUGCUAAGACUAUUAGAUUGAAAGCAGUUGAAGAGCAUAAAGAAGCUAUCAGAGAGACUGGUUCAGAAACAAGGAAACCUACUGCAAAUCAGAAAUUUCAGCAGCAUAUGAGGGAGGCCGCCAAGUCCGGUGCACUCCAUGCACAACAAAGGGAAUCACUAACGAAUGUUAUUUUCGAUCCGAAUAAUCCCUCAGCUACAAAGAUUAAACGAUCGGAUCUGGUCAAGUCGCUGUCGCCAACAGCACAGAAUACUCAGGAACAGACAUCCGAAAGUGAUAAAUCUAAGUUGUCCUCACGACUGACAGGUGUCAUGACCAAGCAGCAAUCUCUGACAACGAAGGACACACUGGGUACUGUUUCGAGAGCGUCAACAAAAAGCGAUACGCCAAAGUCAGCACCCCGGGUUGCAGGUGCGCCCACGCGAUCGCAGGUUACAAAGCUUAAUACUCAAAGGAACAGUACAGUUGUUCAACUUGAUGAGGUUUCUUUGGAUAGCAGAAGCGAGCAAUCCAGCUCUUCUUCACAAACUAGGAGUACUAGUGGCGAAAGCCAGGAUGUUUCUCUUACCAAUGGUAAGAAGGUACGCUUUGCUGGAGUUCCCGCAUAUACACCCGCUGAGGAUGCUCCCAGUACCUACGCGAGUCGAAUCCUUAAGAAUUUUGCGCCUUCAAAGACUUCCAUUAUACCAGGAACUUCUGCUUUUAAGAAGAAGGAUCAGCAGUUGAAAAAGGAAGAGAGUUUUUCUUUCCGGCAACAGCUUCAUCCAGACAGCGUACAACAGCAGCAGGUGACUCAGCACCUUGCGGCUUCUUAUGUAUCAACCUCUCAACCACUGAGAUUCUCGAGAUUUAAAUCCAGAUUUUAG